UGUAAAUAUCCGUGUUUUCCUCUAAAGCAGAACAGUAGCAGGAAGAAGGAGUGGGAGUACAGGCCGUGGAACUUGACGUCCUCCACAGGAAUGAACAGCCAGCCCUGAUCUGCUAUGGAAUAACUGUGGAUGCUUCCAGACAGUCAUCAUGCCUCCGGGUCACGCCUGAGAGCCAUGGCCCGGCCCUGGAAGUGACCUCUGUAGGCACAGCAGCCUGAGGUGGCUCUCACCUUGGCACUAUGGCAUCCAAUGAGAGACUCUAUGAGGUGUGGAUGCUCUACUGCACCAAGAGAGAUCCAGAUUACUUUAAGAUAUGGCUGGAGAUUUUUAUCAGCUCCUAUGAACAAUGUCUGGAUGUGGAUUUCGAAAAGCCCCUCUCAAGACCGGAGGAGGUUCCACCCGUUCUGACGCUGCUACCCGACAACAUCCUGCAGGUUUUACGCCACCAGCUGCUGCAGUGCGUCCAGAAAGCUUCAGACGGCCUAGAGCCCGAGCAGCAAAACCUGGCUCUGCUGCUGCUGAAGUUCCUCAUUAUUAUCUGCAGGAACUUGUCCAAUGUUGAGGAGAUUGGCACAUGCUCUUACAUCAAUCACAUCAUCACCAUGACGACACUCUACAUCCAGCAGCUGAAGAGCAGGACCAAGGAGAAGGAGAUGAUGGACCACAGUCAGGCGGAGGACUUUGUUCGUCACUCGCUGGCGUUCUGCGAGAGCCUCUAUGACCCAUACCGCAACUGGAGACAUCGAACAAGCAGGGAGCAGCUGGGUGCCGUAGAGAGGGGCAGGCAGAAGUAUAAGGCCGCUCCGCUCACUGUUGAAUUUGUUCCCUUCUUUUACCAGUGCUUCCAGGAGAGCGAGCAUCUGAAGGAGAGCCUGAAAUGCUGCCUUCUGCACCUGUUUGGAGCCAUAGUAGCAGGGGAUCAGAGGAACGCUCUGCUUGCCAUCUCUCCAGCCACCAUGGAGGUGCUGAUGCGGGUGCUGGCUGACAGCUACAUGGGAAGCUGCUCGUCAGAGGAGGCAGAGGACUGGGAGAGCGAGGCCAUCAGCCGGAUGGCGCUGCUAACUUUGGGGUGUCUCAGGGAGGUGGUGCAGGGCCUCCUGGCCUCCAGCUCAGACCAGCGGCAGGUGGAAAUCCCAUCCGUCCUGGAAAACUACUUCAAGCUGCUCAACUCAGACCCGGCGGCCGUGGUGGCAGCGAAGCAGCAGCCAGCCAAGGGGAGGGUUCCCACGCUGGGCCGGCACUGGGAGAUCCGAUUUGUGGCACUGCAAGUGCACAUGCUAGACACUAUCAGGGACAUGUUCCUGUGUUCAGACAGGCCGGUUCUACAAGCCAUCUUCCUCAACAGUAACUGCUUUGAGCAUCUGAUACGACUGCUGCAGAACAGCAAGGUGAUUCAAGGACGCCUUGACUCGUUGGCCGUAGCCACCAUCAAAGCCCUGACGACUGUUAUGCAUAAAUCACCAGCUGCUAAGGAGGUUUUCAAAGAGAGGAUUGGCUACAAUCACCUGUACGAAGUUCUGAUCUCACUGGGUCAGCCGUCCAGACAUCUGCUCAAGGAGCUGAUGAACAUGUCAGUGGAGGGGGAGCACACCUCUGUGGGCCUCCUUGGAAUCAGCAACGUGGAGCCGUUGCUGCUUCUAGUCCAGUGGCUCCCAGAGCUGGAGUCACCCGAGCUGCAGCUCUUCACGGCCGACUGGCUGCGCCGCCUCAGCUGCCUCAACCGCCAGACCCGUGCCACCUGCGUCAACGCGGCCAUGGUGGUGCGAGCUUUAGCUGCUCUGGAACACCACGAACGCCUGCACAGAGCGUGUGCCGAAAGCCUGUUCGGAUUACUAGGCUCGCUGGGCUCGCAGUCUCUGAGCGGCCGGGAACUGCUGGGACUCCUGCGCCUCCUGAGGACUACGGAGUCCAGCCAAGCUCAUCCGUAUGUAGGUCCAGCCCUGAGGGCCCUCCUGACCAUGGUUCGCAAGCAGGGACUUGAGAACGCCAUGCAGUACUUUGAUCUGUCGCCCAGCAUGGCGGGGAUUGUUGUCCCCACCGUGCAGCGAUGGCCGGGUUCUGCCUUCAGCUUCCACGCCUGGUUGUCUCUGGAUCAGGACCAGCUUGGUCCACUCAGCAAGGACAAAAGGAAGCAGCUCUAUAGCUUUUUCACCCCUGGAGGAACGGGGUUUGAGGCCUUUAUCAGCGCUGCUGGAGCGCUGGUGGUGGCUGUCUGCACAAAGAAGGAGUAUGUCACAGUAAUGCUGCCAGACUACUGUUUCUGUGACUCCCUCUGGCACAGCAUCGGCGUGGUGCAUGUUCCUGGAAAGAGGCCGUUCGGACAGAGCCUCGUCUACAUUUACGUGGAUGGGCAGCAGAAACUGUCCGCCCCCCUCAAGUACCCCAUCAUGACGGAGCCGUUUAUUUCCUGCUGCAUAGGCUCUGCAGGCCAACGCACCACCACUCCCCCUCCCUCGCAAAUCCCCGACCCGCCCUUCUCCUCCGCCUCCACACCCACAGCUCGAACCUCACUGGGCGGUAUCCUGUCGCCGCAGACCUGGGGGGGGCUGCUGGGGGGGAAGCCCGAGUCCGUCACCAAGCUGAUCUCAGCUGGGACUCAGGACAGCGAGUGGGGAAGUCCGACGUCCCUGCAGGGCCAGCUAGGAAGCGUCAUGGUGUUUCAUGAGCCGCUUCAACCCAGUCACAUAAAAGCCAUCUGUAGCGCUGGUCCUAACUGCGUCUCUCCAUUUAAGGCCCAAGAAUCAGAACUGAGUGACAUUUCAGCCAAGCUGCUGUUGCAUUAUUCACCUAAGGCCUGUAGAAAUCCCAUCUGCCUCGACCUUUCUCCCAAUCUGCUGCACGGGCGUCUGACGGGGAACAAAGUCGUCAACUGGGACAUAAAGGAUAUGAUCAACUGUGUCGGUGGCCUGCCGGUGCUGUUCCCAGUGCUGGAGCAGUUGGCCUGUGUGACCCCUGACCAGCAGGGGGGCGAUCCUGCAGCUGCAUCAGACUUCAUCACACCAGAUGUGAGCACACCAGCUGAUGGAGACUGGGUCAUCCUCCCAUCCAACAGAGCCUCAGAGGCGCGCCUGGAGAAAAACUUGGUGGCCACUUUCCUGUUGAUGCUAAAGCAUUUCCUACAGAGACACCCGAUCAACCAGGAGAAUCUGCUCCACUCGCAUGGCGUGGGAACACUGGGAGUCCUUCUGCAAAAGCUUCCUGCAGGUCAUGUGGAUGUCAGCGUGUUGGUCGCCGUGCAGCUGCUGAUUGAGCAGGUAACCCAUGAGAAGAACCAGGCCUUGCUGCAGCAGAUCCAAGCACAUCUGCUCUUCAAUUUCAACACCUGGAACAAAGGAGAUUUCCCUCUGCGGAUCGGUCAUAUCCAAUACAUGUCCACCGUCAUCAAGGAUGACAGGAAGCAGUUCAGGAAAAAAUACGGAGUUCAAUUCCUGCUGGAUACCAUGCGCCUCUAUUACGGGAAGAACGCUAACAAGGAGAACGACCUGAGCGAGGACGACAUCCGGACCAUCCGAGCAUCCCUCUGUGGCCUCGUCAAGUAUUACAUCAGCAAGGGCAUGUCACAGGAAGAGAUGCACAGCAUUCUGGGAUACAUCGCUGCCAUUGGAGAUGAAGACCAGCUGUGUGGUCUUCUGGAGAUGUUACUCAGCCUCCUUCAGAGCAGCCCGGCCAAAGACCAGCUCUUCCUGCUCCUCUUUGAGCCUGCAGCUGCAGAUUCCUGCUACACGCUUCUGCUCAACAACAAGCACUCAGACCGACUGAGGGAGCUGGUCUUUAAGCUGUUUGAGCGGAUGCUGCGCUGCGACCGGGUGUAUGAAAGGAGCAAGCAGCGCUUACGGCUGAGGGAAGCUGGUUACAACGGGCUGUCUCUGGUUUUCUCCGAGCUUCACAUCACCCCCACUCUGAUCCGCUGCCUCCUAAAUCAGGUUCUCCAUACAGAUCAAGUUGUGAACUACAAGGACCUGAUGGCUCUUGUGCAGCUCACACACCGGGCUGGACCUAGUGUGCGCCUUAUUGUCUGUAAGAGGGUGUACCAGCUGCUUCAGUCCCAACAGGAAGCUGCCAGCCAGAUCUCCAAGCAGCAGUGUUGGCAGGACACGCUCGUGCGGCUGUACCUCCGAGGCGACGGCUCCCUGACGCUGCGCGGCUCCGACACAGCCAGCAACUGCAGCUUGGAUUUAAACCGGAACGGCUGCGGCGGCAAUAACCGCCUGGAGCUGCCGCUGGAGAGGAGGCCAAGAGCAGGAAGCGCCGGCCGCCUGGACCGGCUGGAGGACGACCGGCUCAGCGUAGGAGACACGCGCUCCGUGGACAGCUUGGAUGCCGAUGUCAUCUCGCUGUUGGACACGCCGUCUUCCUCCGCCUCCACCGAGCCGCAGCUCCCCAUCAAGCCAUGGGUGCUGAGUAAAUCAGGAGGCUUGACAUUAGAUCUUUCACACCUUCAGGCCUGUGAGGGCGGAGAGAGUGGAAGCCAAACGCCUGCAAGCAUGCCCAGCACUCCUUCUCCACUGGAGACUGCAAAGCCCCUCCCUGGGAACUCGGGGGAUAAAGAUGCAACAGCCUCUUUUACUGAAGACAGCUUCCUGUUCAGUGACAACAUCUCACUGGGGGAAUCCUUCAACAAUGUGGAGAGGGCAGAGGAGGAGCUCUGCAGCAUGCUGCUGGAGAUCGUCCUGUUUGUGAUGUGGCGAGGCGUGGAGGGCUCCGAUGACUCGGCGUGGCUGGAACGGGGGCAGGUCUUCUCAGCUCUCACCAAACUCGCGACUACCAAAGAGCUGCUGCUUCCUGUCGACCAGAUCAAGCUGAGUCUCUUGGAGCGCAUGUUGGAGUGGGCUGUGACCGAUAACCGGGAGGCCUCGGCCGCUUCGCUACCGCAUCACACAGAGAACGCCGUUCGGCUGCUUCACGUUGUGCAGGACUUCCUGCAGGCGGAGGGUUUGGUCAACCCAGCCCUGUGGACAGACAAGGUGUUAGAGGAGACUGUGACUCUGAUGGAUUGCCUCAUGGUGUGGUACUCUGCUGGGACUCAGUGGUUCCAGCUCUCCCAAGUAGGGCUGAGACUUCUGCUGGGCUUCAUGGCUCAAGAAGACAUGGAGGUGUGUGCCUUGGCCUCAGCAAAGCUUAACGGCAUCCUGCAAACCAAAGAAGUGUCGAGCCAGGAUGAAGCCUGCUACUUGCUGGGGAAGUUGGAGGGCAUCCUGCGGCGCUCCGUCCAGGAGCAGACAGAUGAGACGUACUCCUUCCUGGUUCCGGUGCUCCGAACGCUGCUCUCCAAAGUCCACCGCCUCCUCUACAUGGAGCUGCACCUGCCUCAGCUGCCCGACACCAAUGGAAGUCCCUCUUUCUUCGAGGACUUUAAGCUCUACUGCGACUCACCCGAGUGGCGCGUCUACCUCGAUAAAUAUAUUAUUCCGUACAUGAAGCAAUAUGAAAUUGAGAUGUUCAGUCAGGGUCAUGAAACCAUGGCUCUGUACUGGAAGGAGUGCUAUGAGGCGUUCAUGGUCAGCUUGCACAAGCGGGAACGAGAGAGGGGCGAGAGUAAGAUCCGCUUCCAGGAGCAAUUUGUGGAGCCGUUCAUGCGACGCAGCCGCCAAGAAAACCUGCGCUAUAACAAUAUGUUGAAGCAGCAGCACAGCCAAAACAGCGCGACCCUCAGGCAGUGGAAGGCAGCACGACGCGGCCUGGUGUGUGAAAGGGGUCCAUGGGCUGACAGACAACAAGAUGAGAUGCAUUGGAGAGUGUCUAGCGCAGAGAACUUCUCCAGAAUGAGGCUAAAGUUAGUCCGUAAUUACAACUUUGACCCUCAUCGAGAGGCCAGUGCUCUGAGAGACAACCUGGGUGUCCACCAGCAACGUGCAAAUCCAGAACCUCUGCUGCUGGAGGCUGUGAAGCAAGUCAAAGUCAGCGACUUGGAAGACGACAUAUUGGAGCUGCCGGAGGACGACCCUGCUGCCGCCGGCAACCAGACUGAAGCAGAGGAGGUGGGUCAAAAGGAGAAGAUGGUGCUGCUGGAGGACUGUGAGCUGGUGACGGUGGUGGAUGUGGUUCCUGGGCGCCUUGAGCUCACCACCCAACACAUCUAUUUCUAUGACAGCAGCCAAGAGAAGGAGGAGGGGGUGGGCCAUGACUUCAAGUGGCCCCUUUCACAAAUCCGGGAGGUCCACCUCCGGCGAUAUAACCUUCGACGCUCAGCACUAGAAAUCUUCCUCAUUGACCAGACAAAUUAUUUCCUAAACUUUAAAAAAGAGGUGAGGAAUAAAGUGUACAGCCGCAUGCUGCUGCUGCGAUCGCUCAGCCUUUAUGGGACCCGUUCACCUCAGGAGCUCCUGAAGGCAUCCGGACUCACACAGAAAUGGGUGAACAGAGAGAUUUCCAACUUUGACUACCUGAUGCAGCUCAACACGAUUGCAGGCAGAACCUACAACGACCUGUCUCAGUACCCGGUGUUUCCCUGGAUAUUGGCCGACUACACCUCAGAGGAGCUGGACCUCUCUGACCCGCAGGUUUUCAGGGACCUGUCCAAGCCGGUAGCGGUGCAGAACGAACGGAACGCUAAAGCAGUCAGAGAGAAGUAUGAAAGCUUUGAGGACCCAACAGGCACUAUUGACCGGUUCCACUACGGCACCCACUACUCUAACGCUGCUGGAGUGAUGCACUACAUGAUCCGAGUGGAGCCUUUCACCUCCCUGCACAUCCAGCUGCAGAGCGGGCGGUUUGACUGCGCCGACCGGCAGUUCCAUUCCAUUCCAGCGACGUGGCAAACCCUCAUGGACAACCCCAACGACGUCAAGGAGCUCAUCCCGGAGUUCUUCUACUUCCCUGAAUUUCUGGAGAACCAAAACAGUUUCGAUCUGGGCCGCCUGCAGAUCUCCAAGGAGAGGGUGAAUGAUGUUGCUCUGCCUAAAUGGGCCAAAUCCCCAGAGGACUUCAUCUACAAGCACCGCAAAGCUCUGGAGUCUGAGCACGUCUCGGCCCACCUGCACGAGUGGAUCGACCUGAUAUUCGGUUACAAACAGAGGGGCCCUGCAGCUGUGGAGGCUCUCAACGUCUUUUAUUACUGCACUUAUGAGGGAGCCGUAGACUUGGAUGCAAUAACUGAUGAAAAGGAGCGUAAGGCCGUCGAAGGCAUGAUCAGCAACUUUGGUCAGACUCCCUGCCAGCUACUCAAGGAGCCCCAUCCGGUCCGUCUGUCUCAAGAGGAGGUGGAGAAGAGGAAGGCUCAGCAGGACUCCAGUCCUCUUAACAUGUUCGAACACCUCGGAGAUCUCAAGUCCUUCUUUGUUGAGGGCAUCAGCGACAACGUGCCGCUGGUUAAAGCCGUCGUACCAAAGAACCAGUCCCAUUCGUUUAUCAGCCAGGGAAGCCCCGACACAAUGGUGACGGUGAGUCAUAACUGCCUGGUGGGGACCCAUGGGUGGCUGCCUUACAAUAAGAACAUCUCCAACUACUUCACGUUCAUUAAGGACCCCACAGUGUCCAACACCAAAACCCAGCGUUUCCUGUCAGGGCCGUUUGCCCCCGGCGUGGAGCUCACAGCAGGCCUGUUUGUUGUCUCCCAUGACGGAAAGCUGCUCUUCAGUGGUGGACACUGGGACAACAGCCUCAGGGUCACCUCGCUGGUCAAGGGGAAGACCGUGGGACAGCACAUCCGACACAUGGAUGUGGUUACCUGCUUAUCAACCGACCACUGCGGCAUCCACCUGAUCUCUGGCUCCAGAGACACAACCUGCAUGGUGUGGCAGGUUCUGCAGCAGAACGGAGCUCCUGUGGGUCUUUCUUCCAAACCCAUCCAGGUGCUAUACGGCCACACGGAUGAGGUGGUCAGCGUGGCCAUCAGCACGGAGCUGGAUAUGGCCAUUUCUGGCUCAAGAGACGGAACGGUGAUCAUCCACACCGUCCGCCGAGGUCAGUACAUGCGCUGCCUGCGGCCGCCGUGUGACAGCUCCCUGCCGCUGUCCAUCCUCCACCUGGCCGUGUCUUGGGAGGGUCACCUGCUGGUCCACACGUGCCUGGAGGGCAAGGCCACACUCAAAGACAAAAACACUCUUCAUCUUUACUCUGUGAACGGGAAGCACCUCUGCAGUGAGGGGCUGAAGGAGCAGGUGACUGAUAUGUGUGUUUCAGGGGAGUAUGUAAUCAUUGGGAGUGAGCAAGGAUACCUGUCCAUCCGGGAUCUGUACAGCCUGUCUCUCUGCUCCGAGCCCAUGACCAUGCGAGUUCCCGUCCGUAGCGUCUCCGUCACCAAGGAGCAGAGCCACGUCCUGGUGGGCCUGGACGACGGCAAGCUGAUCAUCGUCGGCGUGGGCAAGCCGGCGGAGAUGCGAUCGAGCCAGAUCACACGAAAGCUGUGGGGCUCCAGCAAGAGGAUGACUCAGAUCUCAACGGAGACGGAAUACAACACCCAUCAGGAGAGCAACUGAUCCCUGACUCCUGUUUACCCCUCACAUCCGGUUGUUCCUCAUUUUUCAUAAACUCCCUUAAGUUCCUCCAUUUUUUUUCUUUAGCUGAGCAAGCGACUGAUUGGAAAGUGGCGUCAUAAAUCCUGCUCAUCCAUCUUUUCUGGGUGUGUUGUCCUGCUUUGGUUGACCAUCAAAGCGCUGGCGCUGUGGUUCCUUUGCAGAACAUCCCACCACUACCCCCCUCUUCAUUCCUCACCAUAUAUAACAAUCAAACAAGUGUGUGUUUGUCUGAAUGAGAAGCGUAUCGCCAAUAUAUAUAUAUAAAAAAAACAGACAACAAGCUAGAUGUAAGUGACCUUUAUUUUGAGUCGGACAGAUGGCUCUGUUUAUGUCGGCUGGGAGUCUUCUCGGUUUCCAGCCUUAUGCAGUAAAUCAGCUCCAGCACUCGCAAAACUAACUCUAUGCCUUUUUUCAAUAGGUUUGUAUAAAGAGACGGACUCAUUUGUUGGAACACCUGAAAAGAUCCUGCACUGAAAAACCAGUAGAAAUCAAAAAUAUUUAUUUAGUGUUGAUUCGACCGUAAACUUUCUUCUAAAUAAUCUGGGAUAAAAAAAAACAACAUACCUUUUAAUUGUUCCUGUUAUUUUAAGGGAAGCAAGCCCACAGCAUCAUACAUCCUAGAC